UACCCCUGCCCCAGCCGCCUGGGAAAUAUCACAAUCGGUGUAAUGUUACAGCGAGGGAGGCCGUCAUUGAGAUAAAGAUUAUUCGCGCGACAGACAGCUACAACAGAACCAAUAUGAUUAUUAGGAUACGUCAUUUGAUGGUGGUAGCCUUGGUAGCUCCAAUUCUAGCACAAAACUGGCAAGUGGACAGUGAUACAUGCGGUCGACAGUAUGAGGGGUCGAGUACUAUGAUCGUCGGGGGGCAGAUGGCCGAUGAAUUUGAAUAUCCAUGGCAAGCGGCUUUCUACCGAGGUGGUCGCCGAAUCUGCGGUGCUUCGGUCAUCCACCCAGAAUGGAUCAUAACUGCAGCUCACUGCGUGGAUAUCAUCUUCGAGCCUGAGAUCUUCGAGUUCCGGGUGGGUUCUAAGAGUCUCGUCAACAGCACACAGGCAACCCAGAUGCGACAGGCUAUGGAAGUCUACGUCCAUCCUGACUACAACCCCUCAACUUAUGACAGUGACAUCGCUCUUUUCAAGAUGGCGAAAACUUUCAACAUCUGGGCCGAUUACGAGGUGAACACGGUGUGUUUGCCAAAGAAGAGUGAUGAGUCGAGGUUCAUGGCCGGUCAAGAUUCUGUCGUGACGGGAUGGGGUGCUCUGCAACAAGGAGGUCCAAGCCCGACCGAGUUAUAUGAAGUAACCGUCCCCAUCUACGACCAACACGAGUGCAACGUCUCGUAUUCAGGAGACAUCACCGACAACAUGAUAUGCGCCGGAGUAGCAGAGGGAGGAAUAGAUUCUUGCCAGGGUGACAGUGGAGGACCAAUGGUAGCCUACAAGAAUGGAACAUCAGACCAAUACUAUUUGAUUGGUAUUGUGAGUUGGGGAUUCGGAUGUGCUCAGCCGGAUUAUCCGGGCGUGUAUACCCGGGUAACCGAAUUUGAAGAUUGGAUCAGUCCCAUAUUCAAUGAUGGAAAACCGACUACUAAGGAUGGUACGUGUGAAGAGGAGGAGUUUUUAUGUCGAGGAGGAGAGUGUAUACCUGAUGUUUAUCGGUGUUCUGGACGAGGACAAUGUUAUCAUGAUACUGAUGAAGAAUUUUGUGAUGGACUCCUAAAGAUGUUCGAUGUCUUCUACUACGAGCGCAUCGACCCAUCAAAUAUUAGCCGAACAGACCUCAACCAGACAACGAAGGAACACUGCGCCAACACAUGCAUUGGCAUCGGAUGCGGGGCCUUUGACGUCAGUGUGGAAGAGGGUGGGUCUUAUAAAUGCGAGUUUGCCAUGGACGGCUUCGUCACCAUCGCAGAACCGAACGAUGUCAACAGAACAUUCAAUCACUUUGUUUUCCAGUCCCAAGAACCUGACUCUGAGUUUAACCAGGCGGCGGGUGUCAUUGGAUCACCAUCUUAUUUCGACACUUCUCCUGCGCCUGGCAAUCAAAGAUACACGUGGACCAUCUCCGUGCCUUUUACCGGCACUGACACGAUAAAGUUCACUAUCCUUCACGUACAAGGCAACGCAACUUGCAAGGACGUUGAUAGCAAUUUCGCACUUUUGUCCAUCGCUGGCGGCAGUGGCGUCGAGAAAACAUCCUUCUGUCUCAAUGAAAAUACAAUGGGAGCCGAAUUCAUGAUCAAGGGCACCGAUGCAAUCGUCGAGAUGAUGACGUCAGACUCGGCUGCUUUCGGAUUUCUCCUUGAGUACGAAGCAUUCUAUGAUUGCGACAAAGUUUAUACAGUUGCACCGGGUGUAGUGACGUCACCAAUGUACCCCGAGGAAUAUCCUAACAGUGUAUCCUGCACAACACAUCUCAUGGCACCAGAAGGUGAGGUGGUGUACUUUAGCUUUGAUGAGAUGAACGUGGAAGCCCAUCCUUCUUGUAUAUACGACUACGUGGCACUCUACGAUGGGCCAGACGAGAAUGCACCUCUCGUAGGCUACUACUGCGGAAGUAAGGUCCCGACGACGAAAUUCCAGUCUACAGGCCAGGACAUGUUUAUCAAGUUCUCUUCGGACGGGUCCGUGACGCUCACAGGAUUUAAAGCCAUUUUCGAUUUUGAUAUCGCACGCGAACCCACAGCGGACCCUAACAUUGCCGUCAUCAACUCCCUUGAAAGCGAACUGUCCGGGUACAAGUUUGGAAUGGCAGCAGCCUGUAUUUUGGGCGCCCUUCUUGUGAUGGUGAUAUCGGCAUCACUCUACACAGUCAACAAGCGUGACGCCAUGAACGCUGCCCGAGUGGAAGAGCUCCAAGCAGCCGCGGAGGAAACAAAGCCUGGGUACCACAAAAUCGAAGAUGUAGAGGAAACUGAGAGCCAUUACACACGGAUCACUGACAACCACAAGACUAACAGUAUCCCAAACUCAAAAGGUAGCCAUGGAACCCAAGCUAACAAGGCUGCUAUCAUAGCCGAGACCGGACACGUUGCCCAAGAGAAAGCAAAUGGGGAUGUCAACAGCAACGUCAAUGACGACGGAGGCGUCGUCAACAAGGGAUUCACUAAUGACGAGGGUCUGGCCGAAGAGGCAGCCGCCGCCGUGGCUGCUUUUGACGCUGCCGUUGUCGAAUCGAACGAAGGUGCACUGGACGACAAGGAAGGAGAUAACGCCGGAUACCAGACCAUCAUCGUCGCUGCCGACGUCACCCCUCCGCCAAAGGAGAAUACGGACAAUGCCUUCCCCCACCCACCACCAGCUGAUACUAGUAGUGUACCACCACCCCCAGAAGAGACGCCGCCACCACCCCCUCCAGAGGCUGAUGGUGCACCUUACGACGAAGAACGCUCAGCGCUGUAGUGCACGUUAGUCAAACCACCAUCGACUCGGAUCGGCGCAGAUAUGGGGGCGCUGUGCAAAACACUUCUGAAACUGCUUCAUCAAUUGAGGAUUCUACUUCUUGCAUUUUCACAUUGGAGUUAUAUCAGCCUAUAGAUAAACGAAAAUGGCAUGCCCCCUGUAAUGCGAUUAAU